GUGUGAAGUCUCGAUUGAACGCACACAGAUGUACUUAUUUUUAUCACAAUUUGCAACUUGACUGUUCGUUCGCCAGUGAAUUAAAAGUUUGAUGCGAAUACAAACUUAAGUUUUAACUCGAAAUAAGUGGAAGACUGCUACGUGAACAAAAUCAUACAACAAUUUAGAGUAUUUUAAAUAAUAACAAUUAUUGUGUAUAAAUGAAGUGAUUGUAUAACCUGUUUCCGAAUUUCUUGGAAUCGUGCACGCUGUGUAUUCGAGACGAGACCUUGAUAACUAGUUCUUUGGAAGAGCGAACUGCGAAGACAGUUAUUAAAUAUCGGAUCAUGUUUGUGGAGGUAUGUGUGUAGUUUUGGAUUUACAAAACCCAUCGUGUGUGUUUUACUAAAAUAGCUCCUACAAUAGUGAGGUUUAGUGCGUUCAUUUAACGAAAUUGAGUUUUUUAAGUGCUAACGAAUAUGAAGUGGUGCGUAGCUGAAAUAUUGUGAAGUGUCGGACGAGAGUCGGACUCGUCUCGUAGUCGUGACUCGUGAGAUGGACAUCGGCGGAGGUAAACUGUGUACGGAGCUUCGCCAGUAGGACAAAAUGAUAGCUCACAGUCCCCCAACCUAAGUGAUGUCAUUGACGCCAUCACGAGGACAGACCAGAAUUGCGUGGAGCUGCUCGACGCGGGCUUAGAGGCGAUGCCCGGGGGCUUCGCCCCGAUGAACGUGCAGCCGCAUGUGGCCAUCGUCGAGCAACCCGCCGGCAAGGCGCUCAGGUUCAGAUAUGAGUGCGAAGGCAGGUCGGCGGGCUCCAUACCCGGCUGCAACAGCACGCCGGAGAGGAAGACCUACCCCACCAUAGAGAUACGCGGGCACCGAGGGCCUGCGGUCAUAGUGGUGUCCUGCGUCACGAAGGACGAACCCUACAAGCCGCACCCUCACAAUCUAGUUGGUCGCGAGCGAUGCGAGAAUGGCGUGUGCACACUCAAGAUCAACGUCACAGAGGAGAACCCUCAGGUCUCCUUCAGCAACCUCGGCAUACAGUGCGUCAAGAGGAAAGACAUCGGUGAAGCCCUCAACAACAGGGAGAGGCUAAAAGUCGACCCGUUCAAAACGGGCUACGCACAUAGGAACCAACUUCAGAGCAUCGACCUCAAUGCGGUCCGGUUAUGUUUUCAGGUUUUCAUCCCGGACGAGCGGACGGGUCGGAUCCGACGUUCGCUGCAGCCGGUCGUGUCCGACGUCAUAUACGACAAGAAGGCGAUGAGCGACCUCUUCAUCACGAAGCUCAGCCACUGCUCCGCCUCGCCCAAAGGUGGCACCGAGGUCAUACUACUAUGUGAGCGGAUAACAAAGGAGGACAUAUCAGUGGUGUUCUUCGAGAGGGGUGAUGGUGACAGGAUCGUGUGGGAGAAGUCCGCGCACGUAAUGUUGGUGCAUCGCCAGUACGCCAUCGUGUUCCAGACGCCGGCCUACGACCGCUCCGACAUCAGCUAUAAUGUGCAGGUGUAUCUCCAACUGGUGCGGAACUCGGACAAUGCGCGCAGCAACGCGCUGCCGUUCGAGUACACGCCGGAUCUGAACUCAGGUACCGCGCGCAAGCAGCUGCUCGACCUCGGCCUGCUGUCGCUGCGCCUCGCCGACACCAACAACAACAACAACAAACCCGACGACCUCGUCUCCUCCACCUGCGACCCCGACCCCACGCUCGACUCCUUCCCCGACAAAACCGACCUCGUCCAACCCGACGACACGCUCGUCGAACCCUCUGACGGAAUGCACAUCGAACCCUCGGACGAGAUGGUAGUCGACUCCAACGAAAAAUCCCUCGACGACCUCCUCAACCAGGUCGCCGAACUCGACGAAAUAUAUUCCGAGAACAGGACCCGGCUCGAGAACGUCACCAUCCUCGACGACACCGAGAACGACUUGGAGGAAUUCAACGACGCCGGCACCUACACCAGCUUGCAGCUCGCGUUCAAAAACCCCAUAGACAUCGGCACGCCCGAACCCGAGGCCGCGGCCUACGAGGACGUGCAGGUCCAGACGUACCGCGGCCCCAUCAUAGAGUUCACCCCCCUGAAGCGAGACACCGACGACGAGCGGGCGCCGCCCCUGCCGCCGAAACGCGUUCGGAAAACCUCCGAGUCGUUCAAAACCAGCCAGACCUCCGUCAACAGCUUCCUCAAGCCCGGCAGGCAGAUCCCCAUCACGCGCAGCCCCGACUCGCCCAACCGCAGCCGAACCGACCUGACGAUGGCCAAGAGCGAGCCGGCCCUGCCCCCCGCCCCCAAGAAGCGCUCCUUCUUCUCCCGCCUGUUCCGCAGACGAGACAAAUCUCCCGCUCCCAGCGUCAAGUCCGAGGGCGCCAGGGAGUUUAAGAGCAAGCCGGUCGGCCGGUCCGUCAGCAGCGUGUCGGGGAUCCGGCCGACUAAAUUCAAGUCGUCCGUGUCCCACGCGUCCCUGAAAGACAACGCCUCGGGGGCGGGGCUCAGCUACGCGGACAGCGUCACCCAUAUUUCCCUGCACGGCGAUAACGACGAGAGGUCGGCCUCGCAGGCCUCUCUGCGUCGCGGGCCCCUCCCCCCCGGCGAGGGGACUAUUCUAGUCGCCGAGAGCGUCCUGGCCCUCGACGCGUCCGCUUUCCGAAAGCUCCAAGACGAUCUUGAGCUAACGGAAGCGGAACACUACGCGCUGUACAUGGCUGUCGCGCCGCACGCCACGGCGUCCGAGUUCGACGAGACGAGCUGUUACUAUUCCCCAGUCGACGGAAGCAAAUUCCAAAACUGAAAUUCACUCCUCGAAAUCCGAUACGUAUUAAUUGCCAAAGAUUUUUAUACCAAAUGGAGUUUACAUUUUUGAUACCAAUGGAAUAUUUUAUUACGUCGCGUAUUGCAAUAGUCUGAAGUUCCGUAUAAAACUAGUCCGCUUCUUAAUAAGUUAGGAACUAAUGUGUGGGUUUAAACUACACCAAUCUUGUCCCUCGUGUAUGAACGAUUUGGCAACUACAUAAUUAAGAGCCUAUAAUUAUUAUUAUUUAAGCAAUAGUUACAUCGGAAACUGAGGCCUUAUUCGGAAUUGCUUUUGUAAUUCGUACUCAGUUCGAAUGAAAAUAAAAAUCGCGUCGACCGCACCUUUACUAUCAGUUAUCUAGAAUGCGCGGUCGUGAAUUGCGUUAAGCUAUUCUAAUCGGGAACUCGGUUUUGUCGGGAAUAAGGUUCCUUUUAUCCUUUCGCUACAUCCUUUUUUUUAUGUAUUAUUUUACUUUUUUUUAUUUCACCCUUUUCAUUUAGAUCUUAAAACUUGUGUUCUAAAAUAACCACUAUGUUUUAGAUGCGAGCCACAUAUCACGUAAAAGGCAGAAAACUUUAUCGUCUGUGCUACCUCAGUACGAUAACAGUAAGUUCAUUUAUAUGUGUCCUGUGCACGGGGUGUUCACUUUUGUCACUUUCAUAAAUUAUGUCGAC